AUGUCCCUCAACGCCUCCGCCGCGUACACCACCACCUCGACCUCCAAGCAGCACCUCUCGACCACCACCGCCGCCACCCCCACCCCCACCUCCACAACCCCCAGCGACUCCGGCCCCGAGACCGUCGAGCUGCAGCCCACCGACGACGACCGCGCCUUCGCCUCCGACGACGACGACGAGGACGACGAGGACGACGAGGACGACGAGGACGUCUCCGGCACCGACCACUACACCAGCGCCACCCACCGCGCGCGCGCCCUCGCCUCCGGCGACCCCUCCGCCUCCGAAGCCGACGACUACGACGAAGAAGCCGACGACGACGACGACGACGACGACGACCACACCGUGACGGGCGAAGCCGCCUCCGCCUCCGAAGACGACGAGGAGGAGGAGGCGGCCUCGUCCCCCGGCGCAUACUCGGCGAGCGAGGACGAGGACGACGACCCCUCGCAGCUGGACCCGGCCGUGGCCGAGGAGAUGGACAAGUUCGAGGCGACGUUCAAGGGCUUCUCGCGGCGCUUCCGGCUCGUCAACAAGAUUGGCGAGGGCACGUUCUCGAGCGUGUACAAGGCCGAGGACCUCGAGUACGAUCUGUUCGACAACUCGUGGGACCACUCGCACUCGGGGUCGGGGCCGGGGUCGCGGAGGGCGGGGGGGAGGCCAAAGUAUGUGGCCGUCAAGAGGAUCUAUGUGACGAGCUCGCCGGCAAGGAUCCAGAAUGAGCUGGAGCUGCUGCACGACCUGAGUGGGUGCGAGAGCGUGGUGCCGCUGAUCACGGCGUUCCGCUGCCUGGACCAGGUGGUGGCCGUGAUGCCGUACUUUAAGCAUGUGGACUUUCGCGAGUAUUUUAGGGAGCUGGGUAUGGUGGACAUCAAGUGCUACUUUCGGAACCUGUUUCAGGCGCUGAGGCAUGUGCAUAACCAUGGGAUUAUCCAUCGCGAUAUCAAGCCUACCAACUUCCUCUACGACUUCCGCCGCGGCCGCGGCGUCCUCGUCGACUUCGGCCUCGCCGAACGCGAAGGCACCGACAGCCAAUUCUGCCUCUGCCAGCACGCCACCCCGCCCAGCACCCGGCCCCCCACGCUCGCCCCCUCGCUCGGCUACCCCAAACACGACUCGCGGCCCUCGCGGCGCGCCAACCGCGCCGGCACGCGCGGCUUCCGCGCGCCCGAGGUCCUCUUCAAAUGCACCAGCCAAACCACCAAGCUCGACAUCUGGUCCGCCGGCGUCAUCCUGCUCACCAUCCUCUCGCGGCGCUUCCCGUUCUUCAACAGCAGCGACGACGUGGACGCCAUGAUUGAGAUCGCGACCAUCUUCGGAAAGGCGAAGAUGAAGGCGUGUGCGGCGCUGCAUGGGUGUGUGUUUGAGACGAGUAUCGCCACGAUUGGCGAGAGGGGGUUUACGCUGGAGAAGAUUGUGCUGUGGGCGACGAAUCGGACGGCGAAUGGGAGUAGUAGGGAUGGGACGGGGGAUCAGCGGCUGGGGAGUGAGGAGGCGGAGGCGGUGGAGCUGCUGAGGGGGUGCUUCGAGUUGGAUCCGGGGAGGAGGUGGGCCGCGCAGGAGGCGCUGGAGUGUGUUUUUUUGAGGGAGUAG